GCGCAGAAGGAGAAAGGGCUGGAGAAGACAGGACACUGUGUUACAGGGGCAACGUCAUGGCAGAAUCUGGUCUGGGAAGGCACCAGGCCUGCCAAAGUCACCCUGGGUCACCGGCAUGACUUGGGGUGCCAAGAUCCCUUUUCUGGGCCCCAGGACAUUCUCUGGGGGCAGAAGGGCACCUCCUCUCUGCCCCAGGUGGGAGCUUGGUCCCAGGAGAGCUGCUCGUUUGUGGCCCUUCCCGUGAGACUCCAGAAGAUUCCCUCCGGCCAGAUCAGGGUCAUAGCAACUGAGAACAAUGCUGGACAGGCCGAGCGAGCACUGCGUAGGGGCAGGGGGUCUGGGAGAGCGUCAGAAGCUGCUGGGGCCGGUCCUACCCAAACUGGGCCACUGGUGGGGCCUUUCAUGUCUGCCUUCCUCUCGGGGCCUGCCUUUGCCUCUUCCCACCCCACCACCCCCAGUGCGGCAAUUACGGCGCUAAUUAGGGCGCUUUGAUCAUCUUUAGAAAUGGCUACAUCGGGGAGAGACGCUGCCAAGCAAUUAGGGGCACAGGGGCUGGGAGCUCGGGCACCUCCUCAGGGGGUGGGGCUGCUGAGGACCCUCACACACCCCCUGCCCUCCUCCCUCCAGGAGUGUGUGCCCCCAGCACAGUCCUAAACUCCUCAGGGAAUAGAGGCAGAUGGGACUACCCCCCGCCAUCAGAGCCUCGGAGACAGGGCCAGCCCCUGCCCACCAGCCCCCCUCUGCCUGGCCCCCAGCCCAACUGUCAGCUCUUCUGGCCUGUCCAGGCCCCUUUGAUGGAGCCGCAGAAACAAGGGUUCCUUUGACAGAAGGGGGGCCUCAGAGCUGGGACCGUGGGACUUCAAAGGUGAGGGUCGAGCCCCCAUCCCGAUCCCUCCCCCAGCCCUGGCCCCCCUCCCGAGUACCCCCCCAGCCUGUCCUCUAUAUAGCCCCCCAAGCCCCAGUCCCCUGUGGGCUCCCGGGAGUUAAGGGCCAGGUGAGGGACCGACUGAGGGAAGCGGGUGAUUUUGAUGUACGAGAACAGAGUCGGAUGAUUUGAGGGACACGAAUUCAGGGCCCAGGGACAGAAAGGCAGUGGGAGGCAGACACCCAAGGAUAAGCACCUGGAGGGCAGACUCCGAGGGGGAAAGAGGACGGGGUCGCUCGCCCUGGCUGUUGGUCACCAUGCUGCUGCCUGUGUUGCUGCUGCUGCUGCUGCCCUUCCCAGACCUACCGUCUGUCGCUGGGCACCCACUGUACAUGCGCCUGCCCCCCAGCACCCUGCAAGGUGAGCCCGGGCUGCUCUGAGGGGGCGGCAGAGGUGGGAGGAGCUCAGAGGAAGUGGGGUGGGGCUGGCGAGCGUGACCUUGCCACCCCCACUCAUUGAGGCCUUUGGCCCCCUCCGCCCACCCUGCAGGGAGAAGGGGCCAGAAACGGAGGCACGGGUGGGAGAGGGAGGGGGAGGACCAGGGUGCACAGGGAAGGGGACCUGGCAGCCGCUGCCAAGGGGUAUGCUUUGGGGAAUUUUCCGGGUUUAGCAGGAGGAAGGGGUCCAGGCGGGCAGCUCCUUGGCUAUCUGGGCCCAAAGGUAGGCAACUCGGUGACAGUUAUUUUGUCCGUAAGCCUGAGUUUUGUGAUGUCUCUACCUCUGAGGUGCUGUUUUUCCUUCAAGAUGUUUAAGGCCAGUCCCUCUUUAAAGAUUCCAGCCCAGCUCAGGUCAAAUGGGUUGAGAAUCUGGGACCAUCUGCUCCAAGCGCUGGGCCCUCAGGCCCCUGGGGCUCUUUCUCCUCCCCAUUCUGCCCGGUGCUCCUGGAGACUGACCUGCUUCCCCCUGUCUCCCAAGGCAGGCUCAGAGCUGGAGCCUGAGGUCCUUCCCCAGCCAUGCAUGAUUGUACCCUCUGUCCCAGCAGCUCUGUCAGCCCAGGGGACGAAAGCGCUGCAGGCUGCCCAGAGGAGCGCCCAGUGGGCAGUAAAUCGAGUGGCAAUGGAGAUCCAGCACAGACUCCACGAGUGCAGAGGCUGUGCCAACCACACGGUCCCGUGCCCGGCAGGACCUGGGCGUCCUAGGCCACAAGCGCAGGAUCCAGCCGCCCCAGGGCCGUGUGGCGAGCGGCGCCCGAGCACUGUCAACGUGACGCGUGCCCACGGCCGCAUUGUCGGAGGUAGCGCUGCGCCCCCGGGGGCCUGGCCCUGGCUGGUGAGGCUGCAAGUCGGGGGGCAGCCUCUGUGCGGCGGCGUCCUGGUGGCGGCGUCCUGGGUACUCACCGCGGCGCACUGCUUCGCGGGCGCCCAGAACGAGCUUCUGUGGACGGUGACGCUGGCCGAGGGCCCCCGGGGGGAGCAAGCGGAGGAGGUGCCGGUGAACCGCAUCUUGCCCCACCCUAAGUUUGACCCGCGGACCUUCCACAACGACCUGGCCCUCGUGCAGCUGUGGACGCCGGUGAGCUGGGCAGGGGCCGUGCGCCCUGUGUGCCUGCCCCAGGGGCCCCGGGAGCCCCCAGCCGGCACGGCUUGCGCCAUCGCGGGCUGGGGGGCCCUCUUCGAAGACGGGCCUGAGGCUGAGGCGGUCAGGGAGGCCCGAGUGCCCCUGCUCAGUGCUGACACCUGCAAAAGGGCCUUGGGGCCCGAGCUGCACCCCAGCAGCAUGCUCUGUGCCGGCUACCUGGCCGGGGGCAUCGACUCAUGCCAGGGUGACUCCGGAGGCCCCCUGACAUGUUCUGAGCCUGGCCCCCGCCCCAAGGAGGUCCUGUACGGGGUCACCUCCUGGGGGGACGGAUGCGGAGAGCCAGGGAAGCCCGGAGUCUACACUCGAGUGGCCGUGUUCAAGGACUGGCUCCAGGAGCAGAUGAGCGCAACCCCCUCCAGCCGGGAACCCAGCUGCCGGGAGCUUCUGGCCUGGGACCCGCCCGCGGAGCCGCAGGCAGACGCCGCCCCGCCGUGCGCCUUCUACUCCCGCCUGUGCUCCGGGCCCGCGGUCGCCUGUGCGCGUCUGGCGCAACAGCAGUGCCUGCAGCGUCGGAGGCGAUGCGAGCUGCGCUCGUUGGCGCACACCCUCCUGGGCCUGCUGCGGGGCGCUCAGGACCUGCUCGGCCCGAGCCCAGGGAUGCGGCGUCUGGCCCCAGCCCUGGCUCGCUCCGCUCUGUCGCUCCUAGAGCCUCCCAGGCACCCUGCCCGCGAGCAGCGGCUACACCCAGGAUCGCGGGCUGCAGGCGCGCGGUUCCCGAAGCGGAGACCAGAGCAGCGCAAGGAAGGGAACGGCUGCCCUGGGUUGGAGACGCUGCAACAGAAGUUGGCCACCCUUCAAGGCACCCAUGCCUGGAUCCUACAGGUCCCAUCAGAGCACUUGGCCAUGGACUUCCAUGAGGUCCUGGCAGAUCUGGGCUCCAAGACACUGACCGGCCUCUUCCGAGCCUGGGUGCGGGCAGGCUUGGGGGGCCAGCAUGUGGUCUUUGGUGGCCUGGUGGGCCUGGAGCCAGCCACGAUGGCCCGCAGCCUUCCCCGGUUGCUGGUGCAGGCCCUGCAGGCCUUCCGCUUGGCCGCCCUGGCAGAGGCAGAGGGACCCCAGAUGGGUGCAAGGUAGAGUGGGGGGCACCACCCACCGAGCCCUCAGAUUCCUUCGGCCCGGGGGCCAUGAACCACAUCUGGACCCCUAACCCCCCCCGUCAGGACCUACUGCUCCCAGGGGCUCCUAUGAUGACAAACUGUCACAGCCACAGUUGGCUGGGUGUGGGGGGCGGGGGACCUGGGUCCGUGUGUCUUCCCAGAUGUGCCAUCGGAAAACCACAGCUGCUUCAAUAAACAUUAUUUAUGACCUACA